AUGCCUGCAGUCCUCCAGGUGUCAGACGACAGCAACCCACUCUAUAUAGAGUCCUGUCAAGCGCUAGAUCAUUCCACCGAGUUUGCCAAAGAUACCUUGCUCAAGGAUCACUGGUGCGGAUGGGUGCUUUCCAACUCGACCGUCACGGCGGAAUGGAUUUUCCUACAGUAUAUCCUGGGGCGGGAAAUCAGCCAAGACGACCGUGAGGGCUUUUUAAAAUAUUUCAAACUCUCGCAGAGAGCCGACGGGUCCUGGUCCAUUGCUACCCAAACCACAACCGAAGGCAACAUAUCCUGCACGGUCGAAGCCUACCUCGCUCUCAAGAUCUUGGGCAUCAGUCCCAAGGAGGACUACAUGGUUCGAGCGCGGGACUAUGUCCGAAGCCACGGUGGAGCCGAGAAGAUGCGGAUGCUCAGCAGGUUCCACCUGGCCAUGUUUGGGCUGGUCCCGUGGGCAUCGGUUCCUCAGAUGCCGCCAGAGCUCAUCUUCCUCCCGUCGUGGGCCCUGAUCAACGUUUACAAGUUUGCAUCCUGGGCCCGCGCCAGCAUCGUGGGCCUUUGCGUGUUGCGUGUGUACGAGCCGCUCUACGCCCUUCCCAACGGGAGGGAUGCGGACAACGACUACAUCGACGAGCUGUGGCUGGACCCGUCGGAAAAGGUCCUACCUUAUACGAAGCCUUAUAUGCAACUGAUCAGGACUUCCCCGCUGGGUAUCCUCUUCCAGCUCGGCGACUUGUUCCUGUGGUUCCUUUCGUUCCUGGGAUUUUGGUUUCUGCGGCGCAGGGCAAUCUCGGCAUGCACAACUUGGAUACUUGAGCGGCAAGAAACCUCGGGCGACUGGGCCGGCAUCUACCCACCCAUGCACAACAACAUCCUGGUCCUGAUGCUCCGAGGUCUCAGUCAGGACGAUCCCGUCAUUCAGGGCGCACUCGCCGCCUGCGAGAGGUUUCUGGCCGAAGACCCCAGCCACGGCAAGUGGAUGCAGCCCAGCGUCUCCCCGGUGUGGGACACCUUUUUGAUGAUCAGGGCUCUGGCCGACGCCAACCUGACGCACAAGGACGACAAGCUGCUCGCCAAGCCCGUGGAGUGGGUUUUGGCGCAGCAGAUCGACGACGACCACAUCGGCGACUGGCGCAUCUACAGGCCAAACAUACCCGCCGGCGGCUUCGCGUUUGAGUAUUUCAACAAGUGGUACCCUGACGUCGACGACACCGCCGUCGGGGUGGUGGCCCUGCUCCGCCACGACCCUGCCCUCGUCAACGACCCCAAGAUGCUCAUGGCUGCGGCCUGGACCGUCGGCAUGCAAAACAGAGACUCUGGCUGGGCCGCCUUUGACGCCGACAACGACGCCUACUACCUCCACGCCACUCCCUUCUCCGACAUGGACAGCCUGUGCGACAGCUCCACCCCGGACGUCACCGCCCACGUCCUCGAGAUGCUGGGUCUGAUGUACCGGCUGCAGCGCCAGGGCAAGGUCAAGAACCCCGAGAUGCUGACCUUCCUGUCCCAGUCCCGCCCGGCCUGCGACAGAGGCCUCGCGUAUCUCUUGAACUCCCAGGAGGCCUUUGGCGGUUGGUACGGCCGCUGGGGCGUGAACUACAUCUUUGGCACCAGCGCCGCCGUCUGCGCCAUGGCGUACUUCAAGGACCGCAAAGGAGUCUCGGGCAAGAUGGCGAGCGGCGUCGAGUGGCUCCGGUCCCGGCAGAACCCGGACGGCGGCUGGGGCGAGCUGCUCGAGUCCUACGACGACAAGGCGCUGGCCGGAAGGGGCAGGUCGACCCCUUCGCAGACCGCGUGGGCCCUGCAGGCGUUGCUGGAGCUGGAGGACCCUCGGGGAAAGGUGGUCGAGUCGGGUGUCAACUGGCUACUCAGACAUCAAGUCACCAGCGCCAGCAAGAAAUCGGGUCUCGUCUCGGCCACCUGGCCCGAGGAGGACUUCACGGCCACUGGAUUCCCCGGUCACUUUUAUCUCAAGUAUGAGCUCUACAGCCACUACUUCCCGAUGAUGGCGCUUGGUAGAUAUAAGAGUGCCAUUAAGGAAAGUUCCUGA